GCUUGUGGUGUAAGACAUCCACACACGCCGGUGCUGGCCAGCCAGGUGUAACCCUGACCUGUCCCAUGGAGGGGCCCGUGGGGUGGCUUGUGGUUACUGGGGCAUCUGAGGAAAGGCGGUCUUGGGACUAUGGUGUCCCGUGACGGUGCUCAGGUUGGCCCGUCCUCACUCUUUAUGGCAGUGCUCGGGGACACACUCACCUCUACACAGGCACACGGUCUCCACUGCUGUGCUUUGUGCUUUGUUCAUUUGCUCUCUGUGAUGCCCUUGACUACGCCUGGGGAGAUCUGAGUGCAGCUGAGUGUGCUGCCUGUCAGGAGAAAUGCUGGAGCUGCGGCAUCCUGGUCAUGGUCCUGGAGCAGGGUGCAUGGCCAGGGUUGUGCCUGCGUUGCCUCUGGCUGUUCCCUGACAGGCUCUGGUGUUCUACUCUCAGUCUCUGGCUCUGGAGGAUGCCGGAGAGGGCUUGGUGAUGGAAAAGGUGCCGUCACAAGUUUGCCCAGCAUGCUGUGAUCUGGGCUGUGACCUUGUGACCCCCUCCCCUCUUGCCCUCUAGAUCUGUGCCCUUGGUAAAUAGGACAGAAGGGAAAGAAUGGAGGCAGGCCUUGCCAUUGGGUACCUUGUUGUAGCCAUCCUUUCUGGCCUGGGGUCUGGAAGAGUCCCGUAUUCUGCUUGCCUGCCCUGAGGGAAGGGUUUCCACCAUUCUGACUGUCCCUGUGGACAAGAAGUGUUGAACUUGUAGGUGGGAACAGAGAGCUGUUUGCCCUGUGCUUUGCUCAGAGUGGUCCGCGCUGGGGCCUGGGUGGGUGUGGGGUGUCCAGAAUCUUAGAGGUUCUGAUAAGCCCGGAGGGCGCAGAAUCUUGGCCUUUGCAAAGGAGGAAAGCCUUGGGGACAGUCCUGGGCUUACCAGCAAUUCUGAGUUACGGAUGUGGAGUUGGGGAACAGAUAGUCCAGGCGUAAGACACAGCCUGUCACAGGAAGCCCUAGAGGCCACUCUGGAGAAGCCUGUGUGGGAGGGGCCUGAGCAGGAUCUCUGCAUGGAGUUGGGCAGAGUGGGUCGUAGGCCCCCUGGAGGCCCGCCCCUUAAAUACGUUGACUGGGCCUCAGCUCCAAGCGUGCAUAUCUGGCCAGCUGCUGGGAGCAUGAACGGCUCCCAGGUGGGAGCCUCGGCCAAGGCCGCCUGGCUGAGCUGCUGCAACCAAUCGGGGUUGCCACUUGGGACCCCAGAGGGGCCACGCAUGGCGCAGGCGGUAGUGCUGGGCGUGCUGUCGCUCCUGGUGCUCUGCGGGAUCCUGUUCCUGGGUGGUGGGCUCCUCCUGCGAGCCCAGGGUCUGACAGCCCCGUUGGCUCGAGAGAGGACCGCAUCACAGGAGGCUGAGCCUGGUGCCUGUGCAGGGGACGAUGACUCUUGAGUUCUGCCUCCUGUGCCGUCGGAGCUCAUUUCUGUGGAGCGCAGCAGAAGGCCCAUCACACAAGCCUGCCCAGGUGCUGGAGCUGGCUGUGUGCCUCUUGGAGAGCUCUCCCUCCACCCGCUGUCAUCCCAGGGAACCCCAGCUGCCCGCCACACCCACUUUGUGUCGCAGUCGACGGACCAAGGACACCUGGCCUGUGGUGACGCCUCAUCCUGGGACCGUGACACUCUGAGCCACCUCUGAGCUGUGACACUCCUGUGUGACACUCCUGGAGUGGGACAGAAAUGAGUGUGCCCUGGGCACUGAAGUGGCUUUACACCCCAACUGCCCUCUCACGCUAGGCCUCUGUGGACGUGUGCACAGCCUCUGUCCUGCCCGAUGCCAGCCUGACGGCCCGGCAGCCUAGUGCUGUGAGGACCGUGGGCUAGCACCUCCCAUCUGGGGCGUGCGACAGCCGUCCAUCAGCGCACAUCGCUUCCCGUGGCUUGCUAUUAAAGAGGCCGGA